AUGAAGUUUGACAUCCCGAAGUUUGACAUCUUGAAGUUUGACAUCUUGAAGUUUGACAUCUUGAAGUUUGGCAUCUUGAAAACCGUGGUGUCCGUGGUGGCGCCCGACGAGAGCGCGCUGGAGGAGGAGCGGGAGAAGGUCCGGCGCGAGUACGAGCAGAAGAUGAUCGCCAUGAGGGCCGACAUGGAGGCCGAGCAGGCCAACAACGCUCUCCUGCAGGCCAACAUGACCAACCUCAAGAAGCAGUACGAGGAGGAGGUCAAGAUGGUCAACGAGAAGGCCAAGGUCGCGGCGAUGGAAGCGCAACAGAAGGAGGAGGCGCUGAGGCAACAGCAGCUGCUCCUGCAACGGACGCAGGGCCAGACGCAACCCCAGCAGCAGGCAGCGGGGACAGUUCCUCAGAGGUCCCCGACGGAGGGCACCGAGGCCGACACGGAGGACACGAUCUUCCUGGAGGGUCCGGGGCAGAAGGCGGCGCCGGUGAAGGCCGCGGCCACGGCGGCGGGCGCGGCCAGCAACGCCACCCAGGACAAAGCUCCUGAGAUGAUGAAUUCCAUGCAGAAGGAAGCUUAA